GAUUCAGAGCAGGGAAGAGCCCAAGUCCCAGGCAGCCGGAAACCUGAGAGCUGGAGACGGGGGUGGGGGCAGUGGGUAGAGGGAGGCCGGUGCGGGGAACCGGGACGUGGUUGCCUAGAAACGAGAAGGGACGCUAGUGGCUGGAGCGGAAGGAACCUGUUGCCCGGAGACGGCAGAGGGUCCAGGGGUCCCCUGGCAUCGCGCAGUUGGAGGGCAGGGGCAAGGCCAUGGCGCACUCGAUGCAAGAGAAGCCGAUCCACGACGAGGUUCACCAGAACCAGAUCUUGCGGGAACUGAUCCUGAAAGAGCUGCGAGCGCAGAAGCUGCACACGGAGUAUCACGUGAACCCCCUGCGCAAGGUUCACACAGUUACCAGAAAGCCCAUGUCUUGGCACGAUAACUUGGAGGAGCCUGCAGAUGUGGCCUUUCCCUCUGCCUCUUCCCGGGGCUGGUUCCUGUGUAGCGUCCAGUCACCUCCUUCUCUGAUUAGCUGUAUGACCUUGGUCAGGUUCUUGAAUCUCAUUCACCAUGCUGCUCAGGGUCCAAGGAAGAAAUACCCAGAGACACAGACUGAAAACCAAGAAAUUGGAUGGAACUCAGAGCCGCUGAAGUCUCCUGCUCAGAUCCUUCCAGGCCUUGCAGAUAAAGCACUGUUGCAAAUACUCCAUGCCAGUCCAGCAUCAUGACACUGAGGAUAAUGCCAUCAGGUCAACCCGGAUCGCCAGGACCGCAGGCUGAACCACUUCAGAGUCUACCAUGACAUCACUCUGUACAAGGCUAAAAUGUGGAGCCUUGGGGAAGAUGAUCGCCACAAAUAGCCUUCUCGAAGUGGGCCGGUCUGUGUACUGAACCCCCGAGGAGUGUAUUGCCCACUGAAAUAAAUAACGCUUUUGUUAAAAAUCA